AUGACGCUGUCGCCCUCUAGUGGACACCAUAUAAUGUUUAUUAUUCAGUAUGUGGUGUUUAUUAUUCAGUAUGAGGUGUUUAUUAUUCAGUAUGUGGUUUUUAUUAUUCAGUAUGAGGUGUUUAUGAUUCAGUAGGUGUUUAUUGUUCAGUAUGAGGUGUUUAUUGUUCAGUAUGAGGUGUUUAUUAUUCAGUAUGAGGUGUUUAUUAUUCAGUAUGAGGUUUUUAUUAUUCAGUAUGAGGUGUUUAUGAUUCAGUAGGUGUUUAUUGUUCAGUAUGAGGUGUUUAUUAUUCAGUAUGAGGUGUUUAUUAUUCAGUAUGAGGUGUUUAUUAUUCAGUGUGAGGUGUUUAUUAUUCAGUAUGAGGUGUUUAUUAUUCAGUAUGAGGUGUUUAUUAUUCAGUAUGAGGUGUUUAUUGUUCAGUAUGAGGUAUUUGUUAUUCAGUAUGUGGUGUUUAUUAUUCAGUGUGAGGUGUUUAUUGUUCAGUAUGAGGUGUUUAUUAUUCAGUAUGAGCUGUUUAUUAUUCCCUGUGAGGUGGUUAUUAUUCAGUAUGAAGUGUUUAUUAUUCAGUAUGAGCUGUUUAUCAUUCAGUAUGAGGUGUUUAUUAUUCAGUAUAAGGUGUUUAUUAUUCAGUAUGAGCUGUUUAUGAUUCAAUAUGAGGUGUUAAUUAUUCAUUAUGAGGUGUUUAUUGUUAAGUGUGAGGUGUUUAUUGUUCAGUGUGAGGUGUUUAUUAUUCAGUAUGAGGUGUUUAUUAUUUAGUAUGAGCUGUUUAUUAUUCAGUGUGAGGUGGUUAUUAUUUAGUAUGAGGUGUUUAUUAUUCAGUAUGAGGUGUUUAUUAUUCAGUGUGAUGUGUUUAUUAUUCAGUGUGAUGUGUUUAUUAUUCAGUAUGAGGUGUUUAUUAUUCAGUGUGAUGUGUUUAUUAUUCAGUGUGAUGUGUUUAUUAUUCAGUGUGAGGUGGUUAUUGUUAAGUGUGAGGUGUUUAUUGUUCAGUGUGAGGUGUUUAUUAUUCAGUAUGAGGUGUUAAUUAUUCAGUAUGAAGUGCUUAUUAUUCAGUAUGAGGUGUUAAUUAUUCAGUGUGAGGUGUUUAUUAUUCAGUAUGAUGUUUAUUAUUCGGUAUGA